AUGGAUCAAAUCUUAUCUAAAGCUUCAAAUCAAGUGGUGUCAUUUGCCAUACGUUCAGGUAUAUCAAUAGCUUCUGGAUAUGCCAUCAAAACCAUCUCCACUUUUGUUGACAAGAUCCCAGAACUGCAACAACAACGGUUAUCAAAACAGCGACGCAAACUCAAGACAAAAAUUGAUAUAAUCAAUGUAACGAUCGACUUGAUUAAACUUGCCGCUAGUCGAGGAAAUACAGUGUUGGAAUCGACAUUAGAGUUGAUCGAUGACUUACAUGAACAAUUUACUUCUUUUGAUGAAGGAGUGAAUGAUAUCACUGCACAAUUGUCAAGUGCAAAUACCAAAGAGAGUGUGAAGAGAGUUGAAGGUUAUAUGCAUGAUUUAAUGCUGGAAAUAAAUGAUGCUAUACCAAUAUUGAACUUGUCUUUAAUAACAUCAGGUAUUAAUCUCAAUGGUAUGACUAAUUUUAAUGCAAUAUCGCCUGGUCGAUUAUUGCAAGCUUCCAAUUACUUGAACGAGGGCGAUGGCACGAUAGGUCCGGUGUUUGACCUCGUCGUGUACACGAUAUUCUAUAAUCCAAGUCGAAUGAAGUAUGUUGAUGAAGGGAUGGAUGAAUUGAGUUGUAUAACUUGGAAGGAAACAUUUGCCAGAAGCUCUGUACAGAUCAAGAGUAGUGGUAAAAACGGGGGAUUUAAAUAUUCGCUAAACAUUCAAGAGGACUUCAAUGAUGGAAGGUUUCAUGAUGACGAUGAAAAGCCGGGAGUGAAAAAAUACGACUUGAAAUGGGUCCAAAGUAUGUUUUUCACUGCAUCUGGGAAGUUACUAAAACUUGAAGGGAGGAAUUUGCCAGUUUUGAUUUUGAAAAUAGUUGAUGGGGAUAAAGAAGAAUGGAUUGCAUUGGGUGAGCUUCAUCAGAAUGAGUUUGAUGAAGAUGACGAUGACGAUGAAGAUGACGAUGAUGAAAAAAAGGAGGAUAAGGAGCUUCAAGGUAAAAUCACCCGACAACAAAUCAAGUCUAGCUCCUUAUCUUUACUAGAAUACAUCAUCAGAUUAGCUAGGUUGCAACAGAUUGAAAACAAAAGUAUCUUGAGCAUCCCCGAUGAAGUUUUGAAAAUGUAUUUGCAUGAUCAACUGACAAGUGCUGAUUUACCAAAAUCCAUUGCCCAAAGAAACAAAGACUAUAAUGAAUUGAAACAAACGGAGGAUAAACUAACCAUGGAUUCAAACAUCACGAGAUUGAAGAAUCUUGAAAUUAAGAAAUCAAAGAAAAAGAAGUAA